AUGCAGUCCUGCUCUGAAGAGCACUACUGGGAUCCCCUGCUGAUGACCUGUGUCUCCUGCAAACCCAUCUGUAGCCGCCGCAACCAACGCAUAUGUGCAACAUUCUGCAAGUCACUGAGUUGCCGCAAGGAGCCAGACAAGUACUAUGAUCUCCUCCUGAGUGACUGUGUCAGCUGCACUUCCAUCUGUGGACAGCAUCCCAGGCAGUGUGCAGACUUCUGUGAGGCCAAGGCCAAGGGACAGAGUUACGCCAACCCACCUCCAGAGCUCUGGAGGCAGAGGACUGAGGAGACUGGAGCCAAGCCCAACAGCUCGGGAAGGGACCAGGGAUCAGAUCCCAGAGUCUUGGAGGCAGCACCCUUGGUACCAGGGCUGGCGCUGAGUGGGGACCAGCUAGCACUGGUCUACAUCACAAUGGGACUCUGCCUGUGUGCCAUUGUCGGCUGCUUCCUCAUGGCUGUGGCCUGCUUCCUCAGGCGGAGGAGUGGCCAGUGCUCCUAUCAGCUGCCCCCUGAGUCAUGCCAGACCACUUCCUCCCAGGAUCACUUGAUGGAAACUGGAAGUGUUGGGGGCGGGAUGCCAAAGCCAGUGGAAACUUGCAGCUUUUGCUUCAAUGAGCAGAGGAUGUCCACCGAGAAGAACACAGGGGGUCACCGAGGGCAGGGUCUGGGCCCUGAAGAGAGGUGGUGGCCCCUACCCAGGACCACGUAUAUACAGCCUUCCUCCAACAUAGACCACAGCGGCCUCAAGAUCAUAUGUGCUCCCUCCCAGGAAAGGGGGUCUACUACGUAG